CGGAAGCGGAAGUUGAGAGGUGUCUGCUUCGGGGCUGAUGGUGCAGAGAGCGGGGAAGUGAAUGGUGGAUUAGCCGCAGAGAUCUCUUAUUUCUCAGUGAGGGGUGAACGAAAAACUGCAGCAAGAUGGGGCGCAGGUCGACGUCCUCCACCAAGAGCGGGAAGUUCAUGAACCCCACAGAUCAAGCAAGAAAGGAGGCGAGGAAGCGGGAACUGAAAAAGAACAAGAAGCAGAGGAUGAUGGUGAGAGCCGCGGUGCUGAAAAUGAAGGAUCCGAAGCAAAUCAUCCGGGACAUGGAGAAGCUGGAUGAGAUGGAAUUUAACCCUGUGCAGCAGCCGCAGCUCAACGAAAAAGUUCUCAAAGACAAAAGGAAGAAGCUGCGGGAGACGUUUGAGCGCAUUCUGCGUCUGUACGAGAAGGAGAACCCCGAAACGUACAAAGAAUUGCGCAAAAUUGAACUGGAUUACGAGCACAAGCGGUCGCAGCUCAGCCAGUAUUUCGAUGCUGUGAAGAACGCUCAGCACGUGGAGGUGGAGAGCAUCCCGCUGCCGGACCUGCCCCAUGCUCCGUCUAAUAUUCUGAUUCAGGACAUCCCCCUUCCCGGAGCCCAGCCCCCCUCCAUCCUGAAGAAGACGUCUGCUUAUGGACCUCCCGGGCGUGGUGUCGCAAUGCCGUUCCCUCCAGGCCAUGGGGUUCCUCGUCUACCCCCUGGCAAGAAGCCUCCUGGUCCUCCCCCAGGUCCUCCCCCACCACAGGUCCUGCAGAUGUACGGCCGCAGGGUCGGGUUUGCUUUGGAGAACAUAAUGAAAAGACGUGAGGAGGAGAGGUACAGCCCCGAAGGAGGGCUGAAAAGUCACCAUGACGCCUCCAGUUCAAGUGAGGAUGAUGACUACCCCGAGAUGGAGCAGGAUAAGGAUGAUGAGGGCAGCAGUGACGAGGACAGUGAUAGCGAUCAGUCAGACGGCGAAGAGAGCGACAGCGGCGAGUAUACUCAGCGGGAAGAUGAGAAGAAAAGCAGCGGGGACAAGAAGGCGGCAGGUCACAACGUGCGGUUUGCUGACGCUCCAGAAAAGCCUCGCAAGAAAAAGAAGAAACACGUCAAGGAUCUGACUCCCCUUCAAGCCAUGAUGUUGCGUAUGGCAGGUCAAGAGGUCAGAGAAGAAGAGGAAGAACAUGAAGCUGAAGAAUAUUCCUCCUCUUCCUCAUCUGAGGACGACUCCGGCUCUGAAGACGAGCAGAAGAACGAGGAGUCUAAAACCGAAUCUGCUGAGAGUGGCUCCUCUGCACCAAUCACUGUGCCUCCACCUGUCACGGUCCCACCACCACCCCUGCAGAUGCUGUCAUCCAUUAUGACGGGGCCACCACCUCUAGGUCCACCUCCAGUUCCACCUCUUCGACCACCAGGACCCCCAACAGGAAUGCCACCAGGGCCACCUCCAGGAGCACCCCCAUUCUUAAGACCCCCAGGCCUCCGUGGUCCUCCACCACGCUUGUUACCUCCAGGGCCUCCUCCUGGCCGUCCUCCGGGCCCACCUCCAGGUCCUCCUCCUGGCCUGCCACCAGGGCCCCCACCCCGUGGACCCCCUCCACGCCUUCCCCCACCUGCACCCCCAGGCAUGCCGCCUCCUCCUCGACCCAUGAUGCGUCCUCCCCUGGUUCCUCCUCCUGGCACUGCCCCUCCAGGCCUGUACCCUCCAACAUUGGCAAACCCUGGCGUGCUGAGUGCUCCCCCCAGCUUGAUACAAAGACCCAAGUCGGACGACGGAGGCGCCACCAUUGAGAAGAAAGCCACUGCCACAAUCAGUGCCAAACCCCAGAUCACCAAUCCUAAGGCUGAAGUGACACGGUUUGUACCGACCGCCCUUCGAGUGCGCAGAGAAAAUAAAGGCACCCCAACUUCUGCUCCAGCCAAGAAGCACGAAGAGGAAGUGGUCCGGCCGCCAGUGAAAGUGGGCCCCAAGGCUGGAAACCCGAUGCCUGUGCAGACUAAGGACGAUAUGUAUGAGGCGUUUAUGAAAGAGAUGGAAGGGCUGCUAUAGAGCGGAGACUGACAUGUACUCUUGUCUUGUGGCCGUCUCCUCUACACAGUCGCCAGUCUCGCCAUCUGUGCCCGCACACAUCACCAGGCGCUCUGUAGAGCUUGAAGCCCUUCUGUUAGGAUUACACGGCAUCGUAGUCCGAUCCUAUGUUCUAUCCAGAUCAGUUUAGGUCCAUUAUGUCGACCAUUUGCUUUAUAUUUUUAUCGUCUUGUUAUUAAACGUGUGAUAUAAA